AUGCCGAUUGUACUGGAGCAGCAACCUUUGGCGGUGCAGGUAAACAUGCCAUACCAACAACAUGACUUAAAAAAUACUUGGGGUAAUUUUGAUGGCACAUUAACGAUGUGGCCUGGGUUCCGUGAUCGGUUCUCUGCUGCCAUACACGAAAAUAGAAAUGUUUCACCAGCUUUCAAAUUUUCUUACUUAAAAAAAUCGCUCGUUGGUGGAGCUGCACAAACACUGGGCGAAUGGCAGCUUACGGAUGAUAAUUAUAUAGAGGCGUGGGAUCGCCUCAAGCAGUUGUAUGACCGCAAGUAUCCGAUUUGUCGUGAACAUUUACGACAGUUUAAUCGUCUGCCAGUUAUAGGAGGGGUACCGCGAGCGGAUGAGCUUCAGCGAAUGUCUAAUGUAACACACGAAGUGUUGCGGCAACUCCGAGCUCAAGGAGUCCCAGUCGAGUCUUGGGAUAUGAUAAUUGUUCAUACGUUGCAUGAACUACAACGAGAGACGGAAACCCCAACUGUUAAACAGAUGUUAGAUUUCUUGGAUCGUCAAGCAGCAGCUUUAGAUAAUGUAACAGAUGCACGUUAUUCACGGUCACAAGACGUCAAGGUAGUUUUUAACAAUGAUCGAAACACAGGUGGUAAACGGGAACGUGAAGCGAAAGGUGAAAACUUCCACCAAAGCAGGUCGUUAGGUAAAAGAUCAUUUCCAUGCAUUAGUUGUGAUGGUGAUCAUCCACUAUGGACGUGCGAUGACUUUAUCGCACUCAAUUUGAGAUCUCGUGAAGAGUUUGUGAGAAGAAACAAUAUCUGUCAGAAUUGUUUUAAGAAGGGGCACGGAGCUGGUAAUUGCUUUCAAAAGGGGUGUUCUCGUUGUCCAGGGCAGACUAAACAUAACAGUUUGCUUUGUCCGAUAAGGGAGGUGGUAAAACAAGCACUAACGGUUAAGGUAGAUGAACCUUAUCGCAGGCGCAAGUUAAAAGGCAAAUGCGAAGCAACAAGCACUAAACGGCGUCGUAGCGCAGAAAUUGGAUACGCUCAUCCUGUGCAAUCAAAUAUCGCAGAGGACAUUGUUGCCAUUAAUGAGGAGAUCAAGAUAGUCGACAUGCAAAUGAGUCUAUUAGACAAGCAGGAACAAUUAUCAAAAAGGCGUAAAUCACUUAGGGGUAUAGAGCAAAAUAGUAACGAUAAAAUUGAGAAAGAAAUAAACUCAAAUGUUGAUUAUUCUACGAGUUUUAUUUUCAAUUUAGAUUCGAGGCCAGCCUUGUUGUCUACUAUAUCUGUAAGACUGGAAGCAAAUGGUCAUGUUUUCGGACCAGUUCGAGCGCUACUAGAUUGCGGCGCACAGCUAAACUUUGUUGCUGCCAGUCUCAGUGACAGAUAUCAGUUUCCAAUCUUACCAACAUCGCGCAAGAUGGUCGGUAUAGAGGGGAAAUCCUUUGGAGUCAAUCGACGUACAGUACUAAAGAUAAGGCCAUGGUUCCAAUCAAAUGGGUACAUAGAUGAGGAGUUUUGGAUUCUACCAAAGGAAAACAAUUGGCAACCGAUCCUACCUAAUGCUGACUGUAAGUUGGAACCAGCGUCAGUUUCAUUUUCUGUACCGCUUGCUGAUCCGCAUUAUUGGGAACCUGGCAUAGUGCAAGUGGUGCUCAAUGUUAAGACCUUUGCAAAAAUUUUAAUAGCCGUACACUCACACAACUCUGAUGGAAUGGUAUAUCUUGAGACACAUUUACGUAUGGUUGUAUGUGGAGCGCAUGAAAGACAAAGCAGUAUCGAAACUGGGAAUUCGAUGUCAUAUAUAUGUUGUACAAGCAUUGAGGAAUUGGGUGAGUUGGUAAGGCGAUUCUGGCAGCUUGAUCAAGUGGCUACAUUUUAUAAGCGGACUGAAGAAGAAGAAAGCGUUGAGAAGAUAUUUGCUGAGACAUAUUCAAGAGACCCUACGGGCAGGUUUGUCGUUUCAAUCCCGUUAAGAGAAAAUAUUGGCGAUAUUGGAGCUUCAAGAGAGAUAGCGUUGCGGCGAUUUAUGUUUUUAGAGAAAAGAUUUGACAAGAAUCCGGAGCUUAAGAAGCAAUAUGUCGACUUCAUGAGGGAGUAUGAGACGUCGGGGCAUAUGGAACUAGUAUCGAGGGCCGCUAAACCAGGUGAUUUAGUGUAUCAUAUUCCACAUCACUGUGUCACAAAAAAGUUCAGGGUGGUGUUCGAUGCUAGCUGUCGUACAGAUAAGGGUAUCUCUCUCAAUGAAGUGCAAAUGCUUGGUGAAAAGUUACAGAGGGAUCUAGCGGAGAUAGUCUUGAGAUUUCGUAGGCAUAAAAUUGGCAUCAUAGGCGACAUACAAAAGAUGUUCCGGCAAGUGCGUAUAGUCCAAAGUCAAUGGGACUUGCAACGCAUUUUUUGGAGAGAAAGUACUAGUGAACCGAUAAGAGAAUAUUGGCUGAAGGUUGUUACAUAUGGUAUGACAUCAUCAGCGUUUAAUGAUGUUCGCGCAGUAAUACAGUGUGCCAGAGAUGCAGCAAAAGACUUCCCUGAUGCCUCUAAAGUAAUUGAAAAUGAUUUGUACAUGGAUGACUGCGCAUCUGGAUCCAGAAGUGAAAGCGAAGCGAUAAAAUUGGCAAAAGAUAUUGAUCAUGUUCUGAAAGGUGGUGGUUUCGAAAUGAAGAAGUGGAAGUCAAAUUCAAAAAAGCUUAUCGAGCAAAUGAGGUUUGGAGAAGAAGAAGCGUCCUUCAUGUUUGUGGACGACGAGAAAGCAUCGGUCUUAGGGCUGAAAUGGAAAAUCAAUCAGGAUCAGUUUACGUUUGUGGUCAAGACUCCAGAACUAGAAGGGGUGAUCACCAAGAGAAAGAUAUUAGGCUGUGUAGCUCAGCUUUAUGAUCCAAAUGGUUUCAUUUCCCCGGUUACUAUUUUAGGCAAAAUACUUAUACAAGACCUGUGGCGCAUCGGUUUAGAUUGGGACGAGCCUGUACCUGAGGAAAUAGGGACAAGGUUUAAAAACUAUUGGAAGGACAUCAGGCUUCUAGAAAAUUUCACGCUUGACAGAUGGAUUGGUACAGAUACAGAUGGGAAAACUGAAAUACACGGAUUUUCCGAUGCGUCAACAACGGCAUAUGGUGCUGUGAUCUAUAUUCGAAAGGUGCAAGGAGAUGGACAGGUAAAAAUUACAUUGCUUGUAUCCAAAACCCGUGUUGCGCCAAUGAAAACCGUUACGGUACCAAGACUUGAGUUAGCGGCUGCAGAAUUGUUAUCACGAUUGCUUGUUUAUGUGAUGGGAGCAAUGGAAUUUACUGAAGUUGACUACACCUUGUGGACAGACUCGCAAGUGGUGCUAUAUUGGAUAAAAAAGAUACCACGCAACCUGAAGACGUUUGUGGCAAAUCGGGUAUCAUCGAUACAGACAAAUACGGAUGUGAAGAAAUGGAGAUAUGUCAAUACUAAAGAUAACCCAGCUGAUUUACUAAGCCGUGGCAUGAAUCCCUCAGAGAUUGUACACGAAGACUUAUGGGUGCAAGGUCCGAACUGGUUGUCGCUAGCUCCAGAAAAGUGGCCACAGUGUGUGUUUCUGCCAAACACAGUGGGGGAAGCUGAAGUUGAACUCAGAGCCUUUGCGGUCACAGAUUUCGAGGAUUCAAUCCAUAUUACAAUGCGCACAGAUAGGAAUAGAGUUGCGUUAAUUGAAUAUGUCGACAAAUUACAAAGAGCGUUAGAUAUCGUGGCUUAUUUGUUCAAAUUCAUAUCAAAUGUAAAAGUCCGCUUAGCAGUUAGGCGAUCAAAAAGAAGAGAAAAGUUACAUUUAGUGCCGGAUAAUGAGCACAGAGCAAAAGGAAUGAAAUUUCUGUUGAGACAAGAACAAGAGCAAUAUUACAACAAAGAGAUUACGAAUUUGGAAGUUGGUCGACGAAUUCCAGAGAAAAGCAAGAUUGAGUCUUUGAAACCUGUGAUGAUGAACGGACUACUCAGAGUGCAUGGUCGAUUAAAAAACUCAAAUUUAGAGGAAAGUAUGCGACACCCAGUGAUAGUUCCGGAUGGUUCACGAUUAGCGUGGCUAAUAAUGGAUCACGCACGUAGCGAAACGAAACACGGUGGGGUUGAAAUUAUGAUGCAGUUUAUUCGUCAGAACUACUGGAUUCCGCGCCUACGUAGUGCACUUAGGAAAUACCUGCACAGAUGUGUUAUUUGCGUGCGACAUAAUCAUCGUACUGAGAUUCAAAUGAUGGCAGACUUACCCCCUGAUCGAGUAAGGGCAGGAAAGCCUUUUUUGCACACAGGUGUGGAUUAUGCUGGGCCGAUGGAGAUUAAGAUGAUUGACAGGGAUGGAAAUCAGCUUAUAAAACAGAAAGUGUGGAUUGCGGUUUUUGUAUGUCUCAAAACAAGAGCAGUUCACCUAGAUGUGGUGACAGACUUAACGUCAGUGGCAUUCAUUGCCUGUUACGAACGAUUUAUUGCACGGCGCGGUCGAUGUGAAAGAAUUUACAGCGACAAUGGUACAGCGUUUGUAGGCGCAGCUAGAGAGAUACGUAAAGCAACGGAGGUAUGGUACCAAAAGGAAGUAUUUCAGCAUCUGAGUGGGAAAGGAACGGAAUGGCGGUUUAUGACCCCUGCAGCGCCUCAUCAAGGUGGCAUUUAUGAGGCGGCAGUAAAGUCCAUGAAGUAUCAUCUUAUUCGAACCAUUGGUAUACGAGUCCUCUCUUUUGAGCAACUAUCAACUUUACUUACUCAAAUCGAAGCGAUACUCAAUUCUCGUCCUUUACAUCCGCUUAAUGACGAUCCGGCUGAUUUUCAAGUAUUGACACCAGGUCAUCUGUUAAUCGGAGAACCUCUUGUUCUUCCGCUUCCGUUCGCAAUUCCGGAGGGUUCCGCAGCUAAGGGUAUCAAACAGUGGAAAGAGAGACAGGCUAUUAUCAAGGCGUUUUGGGUCAGAUGGCAGAACGAAUAUUUGACUACACUGCAGGAGCGCAAGAAGUGGCGACGAGAAUCCGAACGAACACAAGCACAAUCGGCGACGCGUAAUCGGAUACGCUUGAAGUAA